GAACCACCAUACAGGAGAGCACGAACUGUUAGUGCGCGAGUAUUCAAUCCGCAGCCUUGAGGUUCAGAGACGUUGACGACUACGCGUUUUUCGGUGAUUCGGAGUAUUACAGAGGCUGGUGAGGAAGCUGGAAGUUAAGGAGGUGACUAUCUCUUUGCUCCCCGUAUUCUUUCAUGGCAACACAUAAGCCCCCAUAUAAGAUUCAUCCAAUCCUGAUUUUCGAUAUCACCUCCGACACCAUCUUCAAGAUGUCCAUCAAUUUCCCAAGCAACGGCAUCUACAGUAUCACAGUUCCUACUGAAGACUCACCCCAAUCCACCAAUGCCAUUUCCUGGGCCCGUCACAUUCCAUCUGAAGAUGCAAAUGAAUCCCAACGUCUAUCAUGCGCUCUCGCAAGCUCCCCAACCCUGGGCGAUGCGACUCAUGCCUCGGGCCCAUACUUUCCGAUAAUCACAACCGGCCGUUCUGCAGCUGCCAUUAUUACACAUGGGGCAAACUCGGUUCAAGGGAAUAAACUCUGCUGGAGACGUGAUUUCACUCCAUACGCCGGUCUUGCCCGGUUCUUAAGAGCCUCCCGCUUACGAAAUAGCGUCCCAAACGCAUUCUUCGUCCUUGUCGAUAUUGUUAGUUGGAGCGAUGUCGACGAAAAUCAGACCAAAUGGUACCACCUUGCGGGACAAAUAUCGGUUCGCGACGACAAGGAUGUACCGAUUUCUGUUCCACACCAGGGAGGGAACAAGGAGCUGGGAUUCGGUCACGUUUUUGAUUAUGCAGUUCCACAGGGCGAGGAAGAUCUCAUGCAAACAAUCGAUUGGAAGUGCAUGGCUGCUUUAUUGAGGAUUGGGGUGGCUAGGAACUUCGGUCUUGAUGGAGAGAGGCUAUCACUAGAGGAGAUGCUUUAUGCCACUAUUCAGAACCCGGAGCCGUUGAGAGACUUGGGCUAUGCAGAGCAUCCGAGCUAUUAUAGGCUGGAUAGGAAUCGUGGCAGGUAUGUUUCUACUUUCAAACGUAUCUAAGUCGUCAGGCGUUCAGAUGGAGCAUUUGUCUUUGUAGCUAUCAAUCAAUUGAGAGUGGAUUGACGG